UGUCUCAAUUGCUUCCAUUUUUAUUUUUUGUCUACAUAAUAGGGUAUCAUACAGAGAGAAAUAACUGUGUGUAAAUUCCCAAAGAACAAAAAAACAAGAAAGAAAGAAAUGGCGAUGGCAAGCUUUGCUAGAAGAAAGGCAUAUCUUUUAACUAGAAACUUCUCGAAUUCGAGUCCAGAUGCUCUCAGAUACUCCUUCUCCCUAACCAGCUUCUCCCGCGGUUUCGCUUCCGCAGGAUCUGAUGAAAACGACGUCGUUGUCGUUGGCGGCGGCCCCGGCGGCUAUGUCGCCGCUAUAAAAGCCGCUCAGCUUGGUCUCAAAACUACCUGCAUCGAGAAGCGUGGAACUCUCGGUGGUACUUGCCUCAAUGUUGGUUGCAUCCCUUCUAAGGCACUACUUCAUUCCUCCCACAUGUAUCACGAAGCACAGCAUUCAUUUGCUAAUCAUGGUGUGAAGUUUUCAUCUGUUGAAGUUGAUUUACCUGCGAUGAUGGGCCAAAAAGACAAAGCCGUAGCUAACCUUACGCGAGGUAUUGAAGGUUUGUUCAAGAAGAAUAAAGUGAACUAUGUUAAAGGAUACGGAAAGUUUAUUUCCCCCUCAGAGGUAUCUGUAGACACCCUUGAUGGUGGUAACACUGUUGUGAAAGGCAAGAACAUUAUAAUUGCGACUGGUUCUGAUGUUAAAUCUCUCCCUGGAAUUACCAUUGAUGAGAAGAAAAUCGUUUCAUCUACUGGCGCUUUGGCAUUGUCAGAAAUUCCUAAGAAACUUGUGGUUAUUGGGGCAGGCUACAUUGGGCUUGAGAUGGGCUCGGUGUGGGGCCGGCUUGGUUCAGAGGUCACAGUUGUUGAGUUUGCCCCUGAUAUUGUCCCAAGCAUGGAUGGGGAAAUUCGCAAGCAAUUUCAGCGAUCUCUUGAGAAGCAGAAAAUGAAAUUCAUGCUCAAAACUAAGGUGGUAGGUGUUGAUAGUUCUGGAGAUGGGGUGAAGUUGACCCUUGAGCCAGCAUCUGGUGGUGACCAGACAAUACUGGAAGCUGAUGUUGUUCUUGUCUCUGCUGGCAGGACUCCGUUCACUGCUGGACUUGGGCUGGACAAGAUUGGUGUGGAAACUGAUAAGCUGGGACGGAUUCCAGUUAAUGAAAAGUUUGCAACAAAUGUGCCUGGUGUGUUUGCAAUCGGGGAUGUGGUUCCAGGACCCAUGUUGGCUCACAAGGCAGAAGAGGAUGGAGUUGCUUGUGUGGAGUUCAUCGCUGGUAAGCAUGGCCAUGUAGAUUACGACAAGGUCCCUGGAGUUGUCUAUACACACCCUGAGGUUGCUUCUGUUGGUAAGACCGAGGAGCAGGUCAAGGCACUCGGUGUUGAAUAUCGUGUCGGGAAGUUCCCUUUCUUGGCUAAUAGCCGAGCCAAGGCAAUUGAUGAUGCUGAAGGUUUAGUCAAGAUUUUGGCUGAGAAGGAGACGGACAAAAUAUUGGGAGUACAUAUCAUGGCACCUAAUGCAGGUGAGCUUAUUCAUGAGGCAGUACUGGCCCUUGCAUAUGGUGCUGCAAGCGAGGAUAUAGCACGCGUGUGCCAUGCACAUCCAACGAUGAGUGAGGCAUUGAAGGAAGCUGCAAUGGCAACUCAUGACAAGCCCAUUCACAUAUAAAGGAACGAACAAGUUUUCAUUUUUGGUUCGAGGAUUUGCCUGUUCAGCAAAAAUUGCCUUUUUCUUAUCCAUCCCUCCUUAAAGCAGAUGCAAUGCUUGAAUAUAAAUUUGCUGUUGUUCAUUGCUUUACAGAAUAAUUUCAUGUGUUUACCUCAUUGACAUCAAAGCAUGAGAUGUAUGUUUGACCUAAUGAGGGUUUGUUUGCAAGGCUGGUGUAUAAUUUGUGCUAACAUGACAUCCGAAUUGCCAUCUACAGAGUGGAUUCUAUUUCUUUGGAUUAAAA